CCGAGUUCCGCGGUCCUCCGGCGAUUUUGGGGGGCUUGAGGGGGUGCUGCGAUUUUACACUGCCUGGCAUCGCGGCUGAGCUCGCAGCAAGCGAUGGAGGCGAUGGACUUUGAUCCAGAGCAGCUGCUGACCAGCACCGGCUCUGACCCCAUGCUGGGCAAGAUGGCGGACGCGGCGCCGGUCGCCAGCGGCGUCGAGCAGCCGCAGGCCGCGCCCUCCGGCUCGUUCAUCGUGCUGAAGAACGCCGCCUCGCCCGGCGUGUCGGGCAAGGUGACCCAGCUGGGCAACAUCAGCGUGUCGAGCCUGGCGCCGGGCCAGGGCUCGCGGGCCGCCUCCAGCCGACUGACGGCGGUAAUGGGGCGGGCGGCCGGCUCGGCGCCGGGCGCCCUCACCAAGUUCAUCAUCUCGCCUUCGCAGCAGGGGACGACCGUCGUCCCCUGUUCCGUCUACUGUGGGAGGCCGCACGAGUCGUCUUGCCUGCCCGUCCGUUGUCCAGGGGACGGCCGUCGUCCCCUGGUCCGUGUGCUGGCGCUCGCCGCCUGA